GCUUGCGACCAUAGCGUAUGGUACCUUAAAAAAGGAAAAUCUAAUAAUUUUGUGUACGCACUGCGCUAUUAUGCCCUCCCAAAGAGACAAAACGUUCGUUACACGGUGAAAUGAAAAUUCAAUCGUUUAUAAAGUGUGUGUUAAGUGAAUAAAAAGGAUAAUUAUUCAGUUAUUAAUAGACUGAAAGUAAUUAUCACACUUGGCUGGGAAUACGAAGGGCCAAACAAUUACAUAAACACCGAGGAUACAUGUGUUAUUGAUAAAGUGUUUAGUUACACAUGUGGAUUAAACGUGAAAGAGUUUUGAAAAAAUGAUGGAGUGGGCAUUGAUGUGAUAGGGUGUGUUAUUAAAAAUUUUAUGUUUUGGUUAAAUUUAUUUGAAAUUGAAUUUAACCAUCUGGUUUGUGAAUAAUUAAUUGUACUGGAGACAUCUGGGAAUUAUUUAAAAAUGGCUGUGAGAUGCUGUGUACCAGGGAUUUAUGUGAUAACGGUGGGAUUUUUAUUGUUCAUCGGUGGACUCGGUAGUGUAUCGGGCUCGUGUCACUGGUCGUCCGACGGCAAUGAAACCCGUUCAGCUGUUUGUACACUGAGAACACUUGAACCAUCGGGUGUUGCUGCACUCUUACCACCCCUCGAUGGUGCAUUCAGAUUGCGUCUUGAAUGCAGUAAUGUACAUCAUUUUGAGAGUGUUAUAUCGGGUGAGAGUUGGCAUCGUUUGAGUGGACUACACGAAUUAUUCAUUGAUAAUUGUAAAGUCCUUAGAAUACCAGAGGCAGCAUUUCAGCCAUUUAAGGAAUUAAAAAAAUUAACACUGCGUACAAAAAAUACGGAAUGGAGUAUUGGAAGGAAUUUGGAACUAUCUCCUAAGGCACUUGCUGGACUCCGAGAGCUUCAGACGCUUGAAAUAGCUGAUAGCAAUCUCCGAAUACUACCCAGGAAUGUACUGUGCAGUCUCAACAAUCUCCAAAUUCUCAAUCUCACUGGAAAUCAAUUUCGGGAGAUGAACGAUGUUGGAUUAGCUGAUGCACGAGCCAAUCGUGCUGAUUGUCAUGCUGAUAUACGUAUACUUGAUCUGUCACACAAUGAGAUAAGGAAUUUACCGGAGGAUAGUCCAUUAUCAGGAUUGAGACAACUACAGGAACUUUAUAUUCAGCACAAUGGAAUAAAUGAAAUAGCUAGUGAUGCACUGACUGGAUUAACAAGUUUACGUGUCUUCAAUGUUAGUUACAAUUCUUUGGAUACACUGCCAGACGCACUUUUUGCAUCAACAAGGGAUCUCAGGGAGAUACAUCUUCAACGAAAUGAAUUAAAAAAUUUACCCAGCGGUAUAUUCAUACGUUUGGACCAAUUACUUGUGCUAAAUAUCGCUGGUAAUCGUUUGGAUAACGUUGAGGAAAAGUUAUUUUCGGGAUUGAUAAGGCUCAUUGUUCUUGAUUUAUCAUACAAUUCACUGUCACGAAUUGAUGCCCGAAUUUUCAAGGAUCUCUUCUUCCUUCAGAUAUUGGAUUUACGUAAUAAUUCAAUUACACACAUCGAGAGUAAUGCAUUUCUACCUCUGUAUAAUCUUCACACACUUGAAUUAUCGGAGAAUCGUUUGCACUCGAUUGGUCCACAAUUAUUCAAUGGAUUAUUUGUACUCAGUCGUCUUACACUUUCGGGAAAUAUGAUUGCCAAUCUUGAUCCUCUGGCAUUUAGAAAUUGCUCAGACCUGAAGGAAGUUGACCUGAGUGGUAAUGAAUUGACAGCGGUCCCGGAAGCCCUACGUGAUCUGACCUUUUUGAAAACCCUAGAUCUUGGAGAAAAUAAGAUAACGGAGUUUCACAAUGGUUCUUUUAAAAAUCUCAAUCAACUCACUGGUCUACGUCUCAUUGGAAAUGAGAUUGGUAAUCUUUCCCGGGGAAUGCUGUGGGAUCUACCUAAUCUUCAAAUAUUGAAUCUUGCUAGAAACAAGGUACAGUACGUUGAGAGAGAGGCAUUUGAACGCAAUGUACAUCUCGAAGCAAUACGUCUGGAUGGAAAUUUCUUGACCGAUAUCAAUGGAAUAUUUUCGACUAUAACAAGCCUUCUACUCCUGAAUUUAUCGGAAAAUCAUAUUGAGUGGUUUGAUUAUGCAUUCAUUCCCAGUAAUUUAAAAUGGCUCGAUAUACAUGGAAAUAUCAUCGAGAGCCUGGGUAAUUACUAUCAAAUACCUGAUCUCAAAGUAAGAACACUCGAUGCAAGUCACAAUCGUAUCACUGAAUUAAAAUCAUUGUCAGUGCCUGAUAGUGUUGAAUUAUUAUUCAUAAAUAAUAAUUACAUAAGUACAGUACAUGCUAAUACAUUUACUGGUAAAGUUAAUUUAACACGUGUCGAUAUGUAUGCAAAUAUGAUUGAAACAAUGGAACUUGCUGCAUUGAGAUUGACACCAGUGCCAGAGGGUAAGUUCUUACCCGAAUUCUACAUCGGUGGUAAUCCAUUUAAUUGCAAUUGCUCAAUGGAUUGGCUACCAGUUAUCAACAAUAUGAGUGCAUUACGACAACAUCCACGUGUUAUGGAUCUUGACAAUGCAAUGUGCCGUAUAUCGGGGCCCCGUGGUACAGCAAUGGUACCAGCAUCAAUGGCUAAACCAGAACAAUUUCUAUGUCGUUAUGAGGCCCAUUGUUUUGCCCUUUGUCAUUGCUGUGAUUUUGAUGCAUGUGAUUGUGAGAUGACAUGUCCAUCAAAUUGCAAAUGUUAUCACGAUCAAACAUGGAAUACAAAUGUUGUUGAUUGUUCCGGAUUGGCAACUCAGGAUAUACCACGUAAAAUACCAAUGGACGCAACUGAAGUUUAUCUCGAUGGUAAUGAUUUUCGUGAAUUACAAAAUCAUGUUUUUAUUGGACGUAAAAAUAUGCGUGUACUGUAUGUUAAUGGAAGUGGUAUUGAAUCAAUUCAAAAUCGUACAUUCAAUGGAUUAAAUAAUUUACAAACACUACAUCUGGAGGACAAUAAGAUUCACGAACUCAAGGGUUUUGAAUUUGAACAUUUGGUUCAUUUACGAGAACUUUAUCUGCAGAAUAAUCUCAUUGGUUUUAUUGGUAAUUUAACUUUACUGCCGUUGAGAUCAUUGGAGAUAUUACGACUCAAUGGAAAUCGUCUUGUCACAUUUCCAGUAUGGCAAGUUACACUUAACACACGUCUUGUUGAAUUAUCACUUGGUGGUAAUCCAUGGUCAUGUAGAUGUAAAUUUCUUCAAGAAUUAUCAGCCUGGGUAUCUGAUAAUGCCCAUAAAGUUAUUGAUGCCAGUGAUGUAUGGUGUUAUAACAAUGAAGCUAGACCAGCUUAUCGUCGUCGUCUCAAUGUUAAUGAGACAGCUUGCUCCGAUUAUUUUGCCCAAGGUGGUGUCAUUGAGAGUAUAAUGGUAUCUGAUUACCUACCCAUGGUAGCAGCAACUCUUUCAGCAGUACUAUUACUACUUGUUAUAACAGUACUGGCAUUUAUAUUUCGUGAGCCUGUUCGUACAUGGGCCUAUUCACGUUAUGGUGUGAGAUUUUGGGCAAAGACAGCCCAACCAGAGGAUAAAGAACGACUCUACGAUGGAUAUUUCUGCUACAGUCCUAAGGAUGAGGAUUUUGUUUUACACUCAUUGGCUGUUGAAUUGGAACAUGGUCCCAGUGGUUUACGUUUGUGCCUUCAUCAUCGUGAUCUACCCUGUCUACGUGCUGCUGCACCAGUUGUAUUGGAAGCUGCUGAAGCAUCAAAGCGUGUUGUCAUUGUAUUGACAAGAAAUUUCUUACAGACAGAGUGGUCACGUUUUGAAUUUCGUGCUGCUGUACAUGAAGCCCUCAGGGGACGUCCUGGUCAGUUGGUUGUGGUACAGGCUGGUCCUGUUACACCUGAAGCUGAAGCUGAUCCAGAAUUGAGGCCUUAUUUACGUACAGCAACGACACUCAGAUGGGGGGAAAAACGUUUUUGGGAGAGAUUGAGAUUUGCAAUGCCACCUGGUGAUGCAUUAAGACGAAAAUCAUCGUCAUUGUACAGGAGAAAUGUUAAUACUUAUACAUUGGAGGGUAGACCGGAGAAGGAGACAUCGACAUUGCGUGUACAUGGUCAUAUACCUGGACAUCAUCAUCCAUUGUUCAAGGAUUCACCAGAAUUAUUACAAGCACCACCUGCAUAUUCAAGUACAGCAACACUUGGUCAUAAUAAUCAGGUUAGACUCGAGCCAGGUGGUAGGGAUACCCCGGUGAGUUCGGCAGCAAGUCCAAGCCCGAGGCUCACGAUGAAUCGUGCCUACCAGGAAGGACCUUUGGAUGCUAUCAAUGAGAGCAGAAGACCAUUGUCUGAACACAUUUACUCUUCCAUUGAUUCCGAUUAUUCUACACUUGAGAGAAAUGCCUGGAGACAACAGCAGCCACCACCACCUGGACAAGCAUAUCUUGUGUAAUUGCCAGGGGAAUUUUCUUCGUGUUUUUUUUUUUUUUUUUUUCCCCCUUGUGAACGUGGACUCAGGUCUCUGCGACAGAGGUUGGACACAACCUCGGACUGUUAUCUAGUGUAGUGAGAGAAUAUGGAACGCAAUGUUUCGUAUUUGAUGGAGUGCUAAUUUACGAUGGAAUACUCGUCGUUUACACCGACGUCUAGUCAAAGGAAAUUGUCUUGGCUCGUGACGUCACUGGUGGACAAUUUCGUUGUUACAACGAGGGAUAUUCAGAGGCAAGUGGUAGUGAACGUUUUAGGCCUCUUAAAGUUUGGCAAAAGAAAAUAUUUAAAAGGAUAAAAAAACAGUGAAUUGUGACGAUUGUGUGCUCCCUGUCCAAUGAUCGUUAUUGGUAUUCAUUCUUCUCCCCAUUUGCAUUCGCUCUCUUCCACUUUGUCUUUUGUGAUAUUGUUUAUUACUGUAUUUUUUAUUUCGAUCUUUUGUAUUACAAUUUGACUGGAAUUUUGUAACCAGUGGAGUAGAAAUAUUGUGCUCAAUAAUUGACAGAUAUUUUGCUUUGAGGGACUUUUAUUGUGAGAAAAGGGUAAUUAAUUCGUAUUCUUUUUUUUUCAUUAGCAUCAAAGAACUGAUUCUUUUGUACUCAUUAAUUAAAUAACUUUCAUUAAAACGUAGCACCGUAAUAUUGGUUUCGUAAGCUCGCUCUUGCGUUUUUUUUUUCAUUGAAAUUAGCGAUAAAAGAGAUGAGAAAAUCCUGUGGAUUUUCGUUGAAUAUCAAUUUGUGGGUUUUUUCUUUUAAUGAAAUUAAUUUUUUUACUGCUAAGCAAGGGAAAAUCGUAGAUGCGUUAUAGUUCUAUCGUUCGCCCGUCCUCAGUUAAGAAAAGUUUAAUUUGUUCAGUUUUUCAAAUUUCUUUUUGUAACAUUGCAUUGUAAAGUACCGAUGGCCUACCUCGCCAAUGACUAAAUGACUUGAAGAAGAAAAAAACAAUAUGAUAUUAUUUACUUAAUUAAUUACUCGCUUAACGAAAUAGUCAUGGGUGGGGGCUUACGAGAGUACCCGACGUGACUCGGCUGUAAAUAUUUACUCCUCUAUAUAUAAUAUAUAUACGAAAAAAAAGUGUAUAAAUUUUCAGAUAAAAUUAUGUUCGUAAUGAGACGAGUGCAACUGAAUGAGAGCGGUAGUGAGUGAAAAUUCAAACGAAAAUAAAAAUGAAUGAGAAGAUAGGAAAAAGACUAAUGAGAAAUGUAGUUAGGCAAUGUUUUCUAAUUUUAUAUGACUGAAUAGAAAGAGAAGAGAGAAAACUUGUAUGAGAGAGUUGUUGUAUGAUAUGUAAAUAUGUAACAAAUUUUCGCCUGAUGUAAGAUAAUACUCGCCAUGAAGCAACAAAAAAAAAAUUAUCUGAGAUGAAAUUAUCAAUUAAUAAUUAAAUGUAAAUCAGAUUUAAACUCAAAGUAAAUGGAAAAAAAAAUGAGAGGACAGAGUGACAAAAUUGUUCGAACAAAAAUACGUAUAAACGCUCUUAUACGAAUCUAAACUAAACAUUAAAUUAAAAAUACAAAAUACGAAGGAAAAAAAAAAAUGAAGAAAAUAAAAAAAAACUACCUACGUUGUACAUUUGCUAUACUUCAAUUAUUUAAAUCAUGUGAAUAAAUUUAUAACUUACGUUAUCGUUUCAAUUUAAAUUAAAAACAAAA